AUGGCCGACCACCAGGAUCAACCGUUUCGCCGAGACCCCAAUAGCGAACGGGUUACCACUCCCAGGGUUUUCGCGGAGCUGUUUGUGGCGCCGCGGCGCUUUGCGGGGCGGCGGGGGAGACGGCAGCGCGCGGCGGUGGCGUCGUGGGUGAGUCUGCAGCCCGCCGUGCGAGUGGUGCUGGUGGGGUCCCAUCCCAGCCUGCACCGAGUCGCCGAGAGAUACCCUGGGCGCGUGGUGGUGGAGGAGGAGGUGGAUACGAGCUUCGCCUCAGGCCGACCCUUAGUCAACAGCCUCUUUGCCCGCGCCCGAGCCUCCCGUGCAGGCUUGGCGAUCGUCCUAACGGAUCCCGAGGCUGUGCUUAUGCCGAGCCUGAGUGUAGCUUUGGAAAAGACACGGGACGUCCAGGGAGACUGGCUGCUGGUGGCAGGCGCGUGGAACGUUGAAGCAGGCGGCUCGGCAAGAGGCUCGGGAGCUGGUUCGGUUGAGUGGAGGAGGGUUGAGCCGGGUAGGGCAGCGGGGAGGGGAGAGAAUAGUGCAGAGAAGAAGGAUGACAGUGAGGAGGAGUAUGCAUGGGUGGUAACCAAUGUAACAGGAGUGACACGUCAGCUGAGCAUUGAUGAGGCUUUAAGUCAUCUCCAGUCGUCCUCCUUGCUCUCUCACACCCCCUGCUCGCCCCCUAUCCUGUGGGCGUGGAAUGUGGGCCGUACCCCCCUCCUCUCUGGCCCCAUGCCGCCCUUUCGCAUGCUGCAGCCCCACGCACAGCUGCUGCAGCCACACACAGAGAGCGAAGGGAGUGGGGGAGAGCGCCAGGGAUGGAGGGAGAAGGAAGGACACAGAGGGCAAGAGGGCAAGGGCGACCGUCAUGAGGGGCAGGAAAGGGAAAUGGUAGAUCCAAAGGCUGGCUCUCAAGAUCCGAGGAACGACUCUACACGCCAGGGGUUACCUGGUUACGACACACCAGGCCGUCACGGCACAGCACCGUCAGUGCGAGGCGUGUGGCAGCAGUGGGUGCUGCACGAGUGCCUCUCCUCUCCCCUCCGCCUCGUCUUCGAUGCCUCCCCCCUGGCGCCUGUGCUACUGCUGCCGGCUCAGGGGGGGGCUGCUGCAGUGGAAGAAGGGAUGGGCGACUGGGAAGGGGAGGAGGAAAGGGAGGAGGGAGAGGGAGAGGGGAAGAGGGGAGGUGAGGGAGUGGGUGAGGAGGAAGGAGAGGAGGAGCUGAAUGCCUCCUUGGCUCUCUCCUACGGUUCCUUCCCCCUCUCACUAUCCUUUGUUCCUCCCACCAACCGCCACUCCCACGACGAGCAUGGUACUGCCAAGGGCAGCAGCAGCGCCGCAGAUGAGCAGAAGCAGCUCCAGCAGCAGCAGCAGCAGCGGCAGAGAGUGGGCGGUGAGCUGCGCGUGUCUCUUGCUGACGUGCCAUGGACCCUCGUCCCGUGUGCCUACCCUGGCGCUGCUGGGUUCUGCUUCCAGCCACGAGACAAGCAGCAGCAACGGGGGAUGGUGGCGCCAGAAGGAGUAAAGCGGGGGUGGGAUGAGGGCGGGAGAGGUGCACAGGGCGGGGAGGGGCGGAGGUGCAUUGGGCUGGUUGAGAAGGAGGAGUUGAUGCAGGCAGCUGCGGCGUGGAGGCGAGAGGGAGUUGGGUUGAGGCGGAGGCGAGAGGCCAAGAGGAAGGAGGUGGAGUUAGGCGGGGAAAAUGAGAAGGGUGAGGGUGGCGGGGGAAGGGAUGGGGAUGAGAGAGGAGGGGCGGAUGGAGGUAGAAACGAGACAGAGGUGGGUGUGCUUGCGUUUGAGAGGGUGGAGCAUGAUGAGGUGAUGCUGAGGGUGCUGCGACAGGUGGUGCGGAGGGGGACGCGCAUGAAGAUGGGGGAAGGUAGGGAGACGGGGAAGGGGAGAGGCAUGCAAGAGGAUGAAGGAUUGGACGGAGAGGAGGCUGCAGCAGGAAGGAGAGGCAGCAGUGGGCGGAAGUCUGAAGCAGAAGGAAGAUUAGGGACGGAAGGGAGAGAAGGGACAGAAGGGACAGGGGGGGCAGCAGGGGUCGAUUGGGCAAGUGCAGUGGAUGGAGACGAAGCGCGGACAGUGGUGCUGGCGGUGGUGGCGUCAAACUACAGGGAGGUGAUAAUGAGCUGGGUGUGUGGGCUGCGUCGCCUGCACGUGCACAACUAUGUUAUAGCCGCCAUGGACAGGGAAACUUACGACUUUGCCCGCGAGCAGGGCCUCCCGGUGUUCCCCCACGCGUAUGACGAUGCGUUCGGCCGCGACGAGUGCCACUUCGGCACGGACUGCUUUCUCAAUGUGACUAAAGUGAAGUCCCGGGCCGCACUGCGCGUGUUACGGGCUGGUUACCAUGUGCUGUUUAACGACGCAGAUAUCUAUUGGUUUGCGGACGCGCGGCUGAUAGUGAUGGGGUAUGGGCCGGGGCAUAUGGUAGUGCAGAGCGACAAUCACAAUGACACGGGCCCGGAUAAUGACUAUCGGCGGCUCAACUCGGGGUUUUAUUUCAUUCGCUCGGAGCCGAGGGCCUUGGCGGCUUUAGAGGCGGUAGUGGCGCAUGCAGCAGCAUCCUCCAUAACAGAGCAGCCGAGUUUCUAUGAUGUGCUGUGUGGAGCUUCUUCUGAGUACACUCUGGGCGAUUCUAAGUGCUUAAAUCCGAAGUUCAACUUGACUGUGGAUUUUCUCGAUAGAAAGAGGUUCCCUAAUGGUGCGGUGCUGCAGGAGAUCCAAAAGAGUUGGGGAGAGUUCACGGGGUGGUUUCCCGGAGGGGACUGCGGGGGCGCGGCUGGCCUUACGUGCGAUGGGUCAGGCAGCAUUACCUCCAUGCGAUUCUACAAUCGCUGGGGACCGUCCUUCCCCACGGAUAGUGUCACACGCCUUACUCGCCUCACGGAGCUGCGGUACUUCAGUGCUGCCUCAUUCGAUGAUAAUCCACUCUACAAGAUCACGUGGCUCAAGGCCCUGUCAGUGGAGUGUGUGCGGGGCGUGACUGGAGUGGCCUUUCCUCCCAGCAUUGCCAACCUAGCUCAGCUCACCAGGCUGAGAGUUAAGGACUGUGGCAUGGGCCGCAAUGGCGCGUUCUCGGUGCUCAGCUCACUUACCAACCUCGUGGAAGUCGAUUUGCCAUCCAACGGUGUCUCAGAUCUAUCAUCUCUUCACGGAUUGGGCUACACCAAACUAAAAAAGCUGAAUCUGCGGGCGAAUACACUGCAGGCGGAUCGGCUCUCUGACCUGAGCAAACUCACCAGCCUCACAUUGCUGGAUAUGUCACGAAAUCAGUUGAAGAGCGACCAAUUGCUGCAGGGGCUAAGCCUUCCCAACAUGCACUUCCUGGACCUUUCUCACAACCGCCUCAGCGGCUCCCUUCCGGAAUCCCUCACAGCCAUGACUUCCUUAGCUGCUCUCAACGUGGCCUUCAACAACCUGCAAGGAACCAUCCCACCCUCCUUUGGCAGUCUCAACAGUCUCGCCACACUGUCCACCAGCCGCACCAACCUCACAUGCCCGGACCGCACCAGCAGCUGUGGCGUGCCUCAGAACGCAACCUCUGCCUUCUGCCGCACCUGCAGGGACUUCUGCUCCUCAUGUGAUAGGUCCAAGCUGCCAGCACCACCGCCUGCUGCAAGCAACCAGGGGAAUGCAGAGUCCAAGGCGGGAGUGUCUGUGGGAUUGAUUAUCGCGGGUGUGGUCGCUGCGUUGGCUGUCAUUCUGGGCCUGGCUGUUCUGCUCUAUUACUACUGCUUCAACAAACGGCAAGAGAAAGCGUUGAUGAGCAGCAGGGCAGCAUCACAGGCGUGUCAGGAGUACCCACUGCAGCAGGUGGUGAAGGCGACCAAUGGGUGGAGCGAGGCGAACCUGCUGGGCAGUGGUGCGUUUGGGGACGUGUACCGCGCUGUGUCUCCCGCUGAUGGCGCCACCCUGUGGGCUGUGAAGCGCGCCAAGCUCAUUACUAACGACUUUGACACUGAGGUGUGCCAGAUGGCAUCGAAGCACCACCCCAACCUGGUGCGGCUGCUGGGGUUCGCCAUAGGCAUCACGGACAAGACCCGGGUGGAGCAGGUGCUCAUCUACGACCUCAUGUCCAAUGGGGACCUCUCACACUGGAUGGGCAAAGACGCCCCCACGCCGCUGACCUUCCAGCAGCGGGUGGACAUACUAAUAGGGGCUGCGCGGGGCUUUGAGUACCUGCACAGCUUUGGCAUCGUGCACCGCGACAUCAAGCCCGCUAACAUAUUGCUCGACGGGAAAAUGCAGGCUAAGAUUUCGGACUUUGGGCUGGUGAGGAAGGGAGAAGGCACGGCACUACUGAGCACGCGAGUGGUGGGAACACCAGGCUAUGUGGAUCCCUCCUACGCUGCUUCCAAUAAGGCCACCACUGCCGCAGAUGUGUACAGCUUUGGCGCGGUGAUGCUGGAGCUAAUGACGGGGUGGGCAGCCGUGCAGGAGUCGCCAGCCCCUGGCGCUGACGAGGAGGCCAACUGCCCCGUGACCAUCGUAUCCUGGGUGGAGCAGCAGCUCCAACAAUCCAGCAACGGGCCAGUACCUGGUCUCCAGGACCCGCAUAUGCCAGCACGGGAGGACCUCGUGCUGGCCGUGGUGCGGUUGGCGCUGCGGUGCACUGCCAGGCGCACUGCCGCCCGGCCUGACAUGGGCGCAAUCGCAGCAGAGCUGAGUGCGGUGAUGGCAGAGCUGGGGGGGUCAAGGAGGAACGCUGCGGCAGAGGAGGUGGAUAGGCAGAUGCAGGAGGUUCAACCCAUGAGAAGCAUGGAGGAGGAGUUUUCUCGGAUAGAAGCCCGGUUCCAAGACCGCGCCGCCGCGCGCCAGCAUCAUCAGGCGCGGCGCGGGGACGACCACCACGAGCCGCCUUCGGCGCCGUCAACGGUCACAAAGCCGGCGCGGCGGCGCGUGGUAAUCUCCGCGGCGGAAGUGCGGCGGCUGAACACGCAGGCGGGGCAGUUGCGCGAGGUGUUGGGGAAGAGCAAGGCGGUGAGCGAGGAGAUGAUCACCAUUCUCAACACCUUCGACGCGCGCCUCACCAACCUCGAAACCGCCAUGCGCCCCAUCCAGGUGCGAACGCUGUCGCAUGCGGGUGGGAGUGAGGAGUUGUGCUACAGAGGGGAGAUGGCAUUAGGGUGCGCGCACAUUGGCGCGCGCACUCUGGCCUUCCGCAAGGCGCACGCCAACAUCGACGCCACCAUCCGCGCCGUGGAGACAGUGCUGGAUAAGUUUGACAUUCCUCAACAGGUGGAGCAGCGAAUCAAGGAUGGUCCGCGUAGAGACUUGGAAGCAUACCUAGCAGCGGUGGACAUGCUACAGGAGGCGCUGCUGUUCUUUGACUCGCACCGCAACUACAAGUCGUCAGAGGGCGCGGCUCUGCAGGCGCGCGGGCUGAUGAAGGAGGCCAUGGGCAUGCUUGAAGCUGACUUCCGGCAGCUGCUCGCCAACAACAGCAAGCCCAUGGACGUGUUGAAGAUCAUAGAGGCCAUGCCAGAGCUGGGAAUUGAUCUCGCGGGGCUGCCACCGCCGGCACAGACGCCGGAGAACCUCAUUCCGGGCAUCGGGCCCAGCAAGGGAGGCAAGGGGCCGCCCGUGCUGCUGCUGCCCACGCUUAUUGAGCGGUUGAAUGCGGUGGCGCGGCGCAUGAUUCAGAACGGGGCGGCUUCCGUGUGCACUCGCGUGUACAGGGAGGUGCGAGUCAGCGCGUUGGAGCAGUCGUUGAAGCGCCUAGGUGUCUGUCGAGAUGGUGACUCCCUCUUUCUGCCUCUCCCCCUUCCCCAUCCCACCACUCCCUCCCUUGGUCCCUCGGAGGUGCGAGGCAACUCGUUGGAGCAGUCGUUGAAGCGGCUGGGAGUGGAGAUGGUGACACGGGACGAUGUGUUGCGCAUGCAGUGGGAGGAGCUGGAGACCAAGAUCGGCAACUGGAUCCAGUUCAUCAAGAUCUGCAUGAUGCUGGUGUUCCCGCUAGAACGAGAGCUAUGCUACCAGGUGUUCGCGGGCCUGGACCCGCACAGGGAGAUCUCCUACGCUGAGAUGGGCGACCGCGGCCUCUCGCUGCUGCUGUCCUUCGGCGAGGCCAUCGCGUCCAGUCAGAAGUCCCCCGAGAAGCUCUUUGUGCUGCUCGACAUGUACGAGACCAUCAGAGAUUCCAUGCCCAUGGUGACCGACGCCUUCCCAGGCAACGCGUGCAUCCCGUGUCGCGAGUACCUGCGCUCGCUGCAGCGCAGCCUGGCGGAGAUCAGUCGGGACACGUUCAGCGAGUUUGAGGACGCCGUGGAGAAGGACAGCACGCGCACACCCGUGGCGGAUGGCACCGUGCACCCGCUCACCAGCUACGUCAUCAACUACGUCAAGUUCCUCUUCGAUUAUGAAGGCACGUUAAGGCAACUCUUCGAGGAAGCAGAGAAGGAGAGGGGUGAGAAGGACUGGCAGGGCGGGGACCCGUCGGCACGGCAGAAGCCGCGGUUGGAGGUGGCAACGCUGCGCAUCCUGACAGUGCUGGAGAGCAACCUGGAGGCCAAGGCGAAGCUGUACAAGGACCUGGCGCUCACACAGCUGUUCCUCAUGAACAACAAGCACUACAUCGUUCGCUCCAUUCGCAAGUCGGAGCAGGCGAGGCAGCUGGUGGGGGAGGAGUGGAUACAGCGGCAUCGCAAGAUAGUGCAGCAGCAGCAGGCCAUGUACCAGAAGCUGGCGUGGAGCAAGGUGCUGACCGUGCUGAGCCCGGUGGGGGAGUUGAUAAACAAAAACACCCUCAAGGAGAGGCUGAAGGUUUUCAACGCUGCGUUUGAGGAGCAGUACAACAAGCAGCUCACAUGGACCAUCCCAGACGCAGAGCUACAGAAGGUGGUGCGCCAGGCUGUCAUCGACCAGGUGCUGCCUGCCUACCGUGACAUGCUCAAGCGCUACGGGUGCUGCCUGCCUACCGUGACAUGCUCAAGCGCUACGGUCAUCGACCAGGUGCUGCCUGCCUACCGUGACAUGCUCAAGCGCUACGGGUGCUGCCUGCCUACCGUGACAUGCUCAAGCGCUACGGUCAUCGACCAGGUGCUGCCUGCCUACCGUGACAUGCUCAAGCGCUACGGAAAUUUGUCCAUUGUGCCAACACCAUCCCUGAUGGACGCGUUUGGACUCUCGCCGACCACUUCAAACACCACCUGGUCACUCUUCCUCUCUCCCCUCCCCUCCCCUCCCCUCUCGUCCCCCCAUCCCCCCUCCCCCUUACUCCCCCUCCUUUCCCCCCCUCCGUCUCCCCUCAGCCCGGUGGUGGAUGCGCUGAAGAAUCUCGCCAAGCACGUCAAGUAUCAGCCGGAGGACAUCGAGCGUCUCAUCCGGCAGCUCUUUGAGGGCCGCCAGGUGGUAGGCGAGGCCAGCAAGGGCAAGGCCUCGCUGCUCAAGUAG